AGUUAUUAGAAUCAUUCCUUUUGACAGUAAUGACAUUUAUAAUUUUCCUAAUAUUUUUUAAACUUGUUUACAUUUUUUGAAUAAACGCUGGAUUUUUUAUUUUGCACUGUCAAAUAUAAGAAUUUUUGUGUUUUAAUGAAUGUAUCUUUGGCCAUAAACAAAGCAGCUAUAAUCUAACAAGAUGAUGUGUACAGGAACAUUUUUGAAAAUAUUUUCUCCAAAGUUCAAGCUUCCAGUACGAAGGUAUACGCCAAGGCGAGCCCUAAUGUACGUUCCUGGAGACGAUACAAAGAAAAUUAACAAAGCAACAAGUUUAGAAGUUGAUUGUAUUGCGUUAGAUUGUGAAGAUGGAGUAGCUAUUAACAGAAAGGAAGAUGCAAGGAAAACAAUCAAUCAGUUUCUUAAUGAUCUAAAACCAGAUGUUAUCAAAGGAGAUUUAGGUAUAAGGGUGAAUUCGAUUGAUACUGGUUUGUGUGAAGAAGAUCUAAGGUCUUGUUUAUCAGCUAAAAAUGUUCCAAACACUGUGUUGUUGCCAAAGGUUGAAACUACCGAAGAUUUGGAUUGGAUUUGGAAGGGCUAAGACAUCAAUGUGAACAAGGAAGAAAGAUGGGCUUUACUGGCAAACAGGUGAUACACCCGUCGCAAGUACCCGUUGUUCAAGAAGCAUUUUUGCCGAGCAGAGAUCAAAUGGAAUGGGCAGAGGGUCUUUUAAAAUCUUUUGAAGAACACCAAAAGUCUGGAAAGGGUGCCUUCACAUAUAGAGGCAGUAUGAUAGACAUGCCUACUAUGAAGCAAGCUCAAAAUGUGAUGGAACUGACAAAACUAGCCAAGUAGUGGAAUAUUGUUUUGGUUGUUAGAUAAAAUGUACAUACUCGUUGUUUUCAUAUCAAAAUGUAAUUAUUGUAAAAAUAAAUAAAUAAAUAAGUUAUACAUA